CAAGUUUCAUCUACUUGUACUAUUGAUUUUGCAUUUUGAAAAUCAGGUGUGAGCGGCAUUUUUAAAACGCAUUUCCACCUGUCAGAUGAUAAUAGAUUUAAUGUUCCCAUGCAUAAUUUUCUAUCAUAUUGUGUCAAACUACAAAGAAAUAGUACUUACUAUUGCAGAAAGUUAUUCAAAGUUCUUCGAUGACAGAAAGUUGGUCAAUCGGACCCACAGUUCACUUUGGCUCACAUUCUCUGCUUCCUACUAGUGAUCUUCACAUAUUAUGGAACCUACUUCAGUGUAAGCAUUGCUGGUUCAGACGCUUGUACCACCAGCUUGCUGCCAAGGAAUUACAGGUGAUAAAAACUGCGAAGACAAGUGUCAACAAAACUUUUAUCUCAUCCUCACCGUUUCACAGUCUCACGCGAGCCAUCCAAGCUGUUUUGCAUGGAUUUAAUUUAAAUCGGAAAUAUCCAACAUGUAGUUUAGCGUCUUUACUUCAUUUACGCAUAAAAUCCGAUCGUCAUCACAUAACUUUGUUCAGUACAAAACUAUGUGUGAAAAGGCAGUAUUGGGUUUGUCCUUCUCAUGGUCGUCAACUGUUCGAUUUACUGUACUGUGACAGUGACGUUGGGAUCUCUGAUCAGGGAGACGGGCUAGAUUUUUCGCUGACUUUUCGUUCAAUACUCCCCCAAGGCCACUCUGAUUUCUUCCGAUCUGUUCAACUUUCUAGCUCGUCAGAUGACAGUGAUAGUCCAGAACAAACAUUUUCCGUUGAAAUUCACUGUACACCAGAGUUGUAUGUAUUGCGAUCAGCUGCAAGAGAUUCUCACAACAAACUGUCAGCACAUGAGACUAGAACUUGCUUCACUAUACCCUCGAGAAUCCAAAACAAACAACUUAUUGAAGUGAAUCGAAAAUGGUCAUUUAUGUACAAUAAGAAUAACCUGAGAGCCAAGAAUAUAUCUGGUGAUGAAGAAAGGAGUCGACGCAUAUCAGAUUCAUAUCUUAUUGAAGAAAAGCCGAGGGUUUCGAAGCACCAUGUACAUUUCCCUAGUGGAAACCCUGUCUCGGCUGUUUACAACUUACGGACAUAUGCUACAGCAAGCAAGUUAGAACGGUCUAAUCGCAUUUGGGAAAUAGAGGCAAGGUCUCGUUACUUUGACCGUUUGAAGUACUUAAUAUCAGAAGGUUAUGAACCUGAAAUAGCGUCACAACUAGCGGCAAGCGAUGCUGAUGAUGACAAACCCAUUUCAGUUACGGACAGUAGUGCGAAAAAACUAAAUGAUCUCCAACUUACAACCGAACCAUCUAAACAUCCGAAAACGCGACGUCGCAAACGACAUCGCAAAAGUAGAGUCAACCAAGUAACUGCACACCCUCCACAUAUGCAUGAACCGACAGCUUCUAGCCUACUAGCCAAUAAAACGAACUGUAACCACCAGAAAUUUGUAUCACUUGAACCGGGUCUAUUGCACUAAACAGAAGUCCUAUGUUUUUCGUUUACUUAUAUUGUACAGUAAAAGUCAAUGUCUGUGAUAUUUGCUUUCAGUUUAAUUGUAAAAUAUUUUUUUAUUCAGAAUCUCAUAGUACUGAAAUGAACUAUUACUAGCAACAGCUUUUGUGCUCCUUGUUUAUUUCACAUGUUUUGGGUACCAGUAAGUAAUGAGAAU